CAGCCUGAACUGAGGUCGACCGUUGCAAUGUUUUCCGUUCUGCGUGCUGUACGCCCGCUGCGCUCCUUGCAACAAGUUCGAUGGAACUCAAAUGAAGUUCCUCUCAUCAAUCCCGCUGAAAUGAUCGCUGCGCCAGACCUCAAGUAUCACCGAAAAGGCCAGCUGAGGAAACAACUCGAUGUUGAAGUGGACCCGGGUCACGGUCUUUGGGCUUUUUUCAGGAAAAAAGAGAUAAAUGGAUCGACUCAAUAUGAGACUAUUGAGCCGAGGGAUGCUAUUGCAGAAGACACAGGCAGAUCAUGGAAGGCAGUAGAGCUCAGGCGUAAAAGUUUCAAAGACUUGCACACACUGUGGUACCUUGUGUUAAAGGAGCGCAAUUUGUUGGCUACCCAACGAGAAGAGGGCAGAAGAAUAGGUGUUUCAAACCCAGGCGCACUCGCCGCGACAACAAAGAUGCACCAGUGCCGCAAAACAAUGGCCCGCAUAAAGUUUGUAAUCAACGAGCGCAGAUUAGUUUUUGAAAAGCACGCCGAAGCUCUCAAGUUCGUAAAAACGGAAAUAGCAGUAGAGCCGUCACAGAAGACACGAGCAGCCCCGAGGACUCGUGCUGAGCGAAUGAAAGUAAAACGUCGAUCUGGGAUGCGCGGGAGCGCCAUAACGACCGAAUCCCUUCCACCGUCUCUUCCAGCUGCCACACCGAAGGCAAAAAGUUCAUCUACGCCUUCUGACCUUUCCUCGCAUUCAUCCACGAAGUCACCUAGUUCACAUCUAUGACAUACAUUUUCUUAAUAGUUGCACAUAAUUUUUAGUUGCGAUUAUCCAUUGCAAUAUUUGAGAAGCGGGCUUGUGAAAUCUU